AUGCUCUUGUUUCACGUACCCUGCACAUUUUACACCCUUUCUCCUUGCUUGGUAACUCUUUCCUUUCCUCCUUUCAUUUUCAUUUUCAUUUUUUAUAACUGUUUACUUGUUGGGCCGCUGAUUAGCACCGGCAAUGAAAGAAACAAAAGGAGGAGGGCAACUCCGUUGGUUCUUUCUUUGCUGGAGAAUCCACUACAAGUGCUCUACAGUGUCACUCGCUACAAGGCAAAUUUUCUUCGAAAAGUUCCCUUGCUUACUUCCCUUUUACCUCGCCUUCUCACUUUCUGCGAAGGUUCGCUUUAA